AAAAAAUUCUUUGGACGCCAUUUUUGUUUUCCUUCACUUAAAUUUCUACCGUUUUUUUCCUCUCAAAAAUGAUCGCAGACACGAUUCUUAUCUUUAUAAUUUCUUUAGCUACUGCUUCGCUUUCUGAAGGAAUUACAUACCUUUUGGUGUACAAAACAGAGAAGUACAAGAAAUUGAAAGCAGAAGUGGAAAAGGAUAGUAAAAAAUUAGAAAGACGGAAAGAGAAUAUGACAGAUGCCCCACGUCAAGGCGGUCAAAAGAAGAAACUUGAAAGAGUUGAAGAAAAAUUAAAGAACCACAGCAGAGACUUAUCAAUGGUCAAGAUGAAAUCCAUCUUUGCAAUUGGAUUUACAUUUACUGCUUUAAUCGGCAUGUUCAAUUCCAUUUUUGAUGGACGUGUGGUUGCAAAAUUACCUUUUGAGCCUCAUUCGUGGAUUCAAGGAAUCUCUCAUCGUAACUUGAUGGGUGAUGACUUCACUGACUGUUCUUUUAUAUUUCUUUACAUUCUGUGUACCAUGUCAGUCAGAAAUAAUGUACAAAAGAUGUUGGGUUUUGCUCCAUCAAGAGCAGCCAGUAAAGUAGGAGGCCUUCUUACCCCUCCCCAGGGUGCGAAGUAAAACAACAUCGUCCACUUAGUAAUUAUUCGCCGAAGGUGAAGUGAAUAUCGGGGAAUAUUUACCGAGACGCGGGUCUUUGAGCUGCGAGGUAAAUAUUCUCCAUAUUCACUGAGCCUGAGGCGAAUAAUUGUUUUAGCAUAUACCAACUUGUGUACAGAGUAACUUAUUUUCAUAUACAAUAAUUCAAUAAAAACAAACAAACAGAAACUUAGUUUGCGUUGACAAAUUCACGCAAAACUUUCAGCAAAACGUUUAGCAAACCUUUUAGGCCUUACUUCAUUGCCUUUUUAUUAUUGAUAGGAAUUUUCUCAUCAGAAAUGCCAUUUUGUUGCCGACUCAAUAUUUCGAGAUUCAGAGGUGGAUGUCAUACAAUAUUAACCUCCAAUUAACCAAUGAGCUCGCACGUUCUUAGGAAGUACACAAGUUGGUAUAUGCUAAUAUUCCUUAUCCACCUGAUAUAUUUCAUGGACCUCACUCUAACUUUAUCUGUACUGCUGUUCCUUGAGAAUAAAAUGUUUUCAUUAAUUCA